GCGGAGCUGCUCCGACAGUCCAGCGGAUUUGACCCUGGAUCCCGUUCGGUACAGAGAUGGUGAAGAGUGUGCUUGGGAUUCAUCCUAAUGGCUCUUCCGGCAUGGCGCGAUGGGGUGGUAGCCCUCCGUCCAUGCUCCAGUGGUGGCCCCCUUCGGUAGUGGCCGGAGCGUCAAGGUACACCGCGGUGGCAGUGCGGUUGUGGAUGAUCGUUGGAUCUGGGCGGCCAACUCCGGGGCUUUGAAGGUGGUGUUGCGGAUGCAGAGGUUGUCGGUUGGAUGUUCUUAGGAGGAUCCGGGUGAAAACAUGGUCUUCGUCCGGUGGCCGGAGCCGGUGACGGUGACACCCUUGGCGUCGUUUCCUUCAUGAAGGCAUCAUCGAGGUGAAACUCCCAAUUCUUUCUGCUACCUCCCGGGGAAACCCUUGAUCAGUUGAUCGUUUGAUGGCGAUGCUCUUGUGGCAUUCCCUCCUUGGGGAGUUAUUCUUGGAGGUUUGCAUUGGCUCGAGGGACUAGUGGACGGUUUCAACGGUGGAGCGGCGUUUCAUGUCACGCAUCGACGAUGUGGAGUCUGACGUGGUGCAGCAGGGUCUCAGUGAUGGAUGUAUGAUGAUGGACGUGCGAAGGGAGGUGGCAUCGAUGGCAGGCCUGGCAAGGUUGAUGCGUCAGUACCUGCUCUGAAGAUGGAUCGAUGGAAGGCGGCGGUGGCCUCUGAGAGUGCGCUGGACCUGUGUGUGCACCAGAACCAACAAGAGGGUUGGUUGGGGCCUCCGGCUUUAGAUGUUAGGCUUUUGUGCGAGGUAUGUUUGGUAUUCGGCUCGGACAAUCGGCACCCCUUCAUCAAGGGGAUAGAAGUAGCGACAGAUGUUGCAAGAUGGUGGCUUUAGACUUACCGAUGUAUUAUUUUGCAAGGCAAAAAUGGCUGCAUGCAUUGCUCAGAUGUAGAGGCCGGGGGUCAUCCUUCUUUUCAAAAAAAUAUAUAUUUACAAAAGAACAUUGUUCAAACUCAACCCGAGGUCCACCAUACAUAAGUCUGAUAUAAAUAGAACUCAAUAUUUGAUUUAGAUGUACAUGAAAUUUACUUAAGUUGUAAAAAUGACAACCACCAACAUGCGCAUCUCUCUUGAUAUUACAAGUGUGCAGCUACGAUUUUGGCCAUGUUAGACCAGAGCUUAGGUUCCACUUUUCAUGGAACUAUCACAUUCUAAGUCAUACUAUGGUUUAGCAAAAUUCCUAGAUGAACGGCUGUCAAGGCUUACAACACACGCCGCAUCAUAAUCUAAUGCAUCGCUGUUUCUCUGAUAGUUUAGGACAUAUGUACCAGAAAGAUGGUGCAUGGUUCCUAUUUGUGCAUGUAGCAACAGCGGCUUCAUGAUUGAACAAAAGAUUCCCAUAUGGUCUAAUUUAUUUACAUAGCAAUACACCACUUUGUUAAUUGCUGAUGCGCACGCAUUACUUUCUUCUCUCCUCCACUUAGCAUGGUGAGGGCAACUGGGUAGCUCCGUUGGACAACGAGAUGAAACCCCAAGAUGCAGAUGGAAGACUCCCGGCUUCCUUCAUGUUCGGGCCGCAAUUUAUAGAACAAAAGCUCUAUCAGCUGUGCUCAUCGGAGGACGUCGCCCUAGCGAAAUCUCUCAUACGAGUCGGCUCAUUGUUCCUGGAAGACCUGCAAGCCCGGCAGCCAUUCACCGAGGAACGCUACGGCUCGGUCCGCAAGGUCUACGUAGUAUGCAAGCAAGAUGUGACCAUACCAGAGGCGUACCAAAGGUUGAUGGUGGCCAACAACCCGGUGGACGAGGUCAGAGAGAUCGACGGUGCAGAUCAUAUGGCGAUGCUCUCGGCGCCUGAACAGGUUGUCAAGUGCAUCCUCGACAUCGCUGAGAAAUAUAAAUGCUCCAACAUCCAACCAGAAUGAUGUCAAGUGCCAGAUCAUGAGGGCACAAUUAUAAUCCUCCUAGUGAGGUUGAUGUUGGUGGCUAGUGGAGAAGAAGGUUGCGGAGCUCUAUGGUUGUUUCUCCCCUAGAGCUAUGGACAACUCAUCAUUCCCGUUUGCCUUGCCCACUGUGAUGUCUACCGCUGAGGGCGGGAUCAUUGCCGUGGAUGUGCCUCCGGUGCUGCAGGUGAUGCCCGAGCUUCAAGUGUUAUGUGUGAGCUCUGAUUCGCCUCUAUCAGUGAAGCAUAUGAUGGUGGACACGCAUGCAACCACGUGUGAGGGACAUGAUUCAACCUUGACAUGUGAGCUGAGUGAGGUGAACUCGCCUGCGUGCUCACAUGUGGCUUCUGCUCCCAUUCCACCCCCGCCGACGGAUAAUUCCAAUGCUCUCUUUACAAAAGAGCUUUGUGACUUGCUCGCAAGCGUGGAGACUGUUAGCCCUGGAACUGGAAGGGCGAUUGCUUGCCUCCUAAUGGGAACGACAUUCAAGGGCAAAUACAAGAAGGCAAGUGAUUGCCCUCGGACUGGUAUAGUGAAGGAGAAGUCACUAAGGUGCAAAGGCAAGAAGAGUGGCGCCAUAGGUAAGGCGCCCGCAGCUGCUUACUGGAUGAUCCUGGUCCCUCGGCUCAUCCUCACGGUUUGGGUCGUCAUUGUGGUUUUGGCGUGCUCCAUUAUCUUUUGUCGGGAUGUUCUUGUCGGGUUCAAAAUUGUGGUGUACAAACAUGAGGAGUUAUUGUGUGUUAGGAGGGUUUGGCGGGUUGCACGUGUGCUCGUGGGGUCAUGAUUGGUGAGUAACCCAAUUAUGGUCUGAUUGUAUCGGUUUUAGCCCGGUUUUCCAUAGAUUAACCGGGCAAUUCUCUUUUUCUUAAUUAAUCGA